CUUUUCAGAGCGAGUGAUUCCUGUUGUCGGUGGUGGCCCUCACCGGCGCAGAGCAGAGCAAAGCUACUCUCCUCCCUAUGAUUCCUUUAAAACGGCGAGCACCGUGGUAUUGAUGAUCACACUCUCUGCAAAGCCACCGGCCAGAGUGGGAGAAAGGAAGGUAGUGGAGCUGUCUUUCGGCCAUGGGCGAGUUCAAGCACCUGUGCGCGGCCAGGUUCAAGGAGGGCGUCGUGGUGGACGACAUCAUUCGGGAGCUCACCAAGCUCGCCGUGGAGCUCGACGCCGUCAAAUUCUUCGGCUGGGGGGAGAACAUGCUGGACCAGGAGGCGCUCACGCGCGGCUUCACCCACGUCUUCGUGCUGACCUUCGCCAUUGCCGAGGACCUGGCGGCGUGCUUGGGCCACGGGAAACACUGCGCGUUCGGGGCUACGUUCAUGGCCGCGGUCGACGAUGCCGUCGUCAUGGACUUUCCCCUCGUCUUCGUCAAGCCGGCGCUGCCGCCUUGCUGAUCCGCCUUUAGUAAUAGCAAGGGGAUCCCUAUCACAAGAAUAGAUGUGCGGACUGUUGGAAAUAAUGCAUGUAUCCAUUAGUUUACACAUUGUGUGGUGUCUUCUCAGAUACUCCAAUAAAUACCAUCUUUUUUAGA